CGUUUACAAAAUCGGUUUCUUCAAUUUUUAAAAAUUCUUCGAAAAAAUAUGAAGAAUCGUAGUUAGAUCUUCAUUUCAUUUAAUUAAUCAAUUUUUAAAUUCAUUCUCAACUUUCUUCCGAAGUCUAUUCAACAUGAAACAUCUUUUUGAAGUGCGUAUGUGACUCAUGUGACUAGUGUUUAUGUUUGAUAAUUGCAACUUUCAAGUGUAACAGAAGUUUAAAAAAUGUAUUUUACUCGGUUUUCAUCUCAUCAAUAUUUAGUUUCACGAUCGCUUUAAGUAUCUCGAUCUUCCAUAUUUCAUUUCAAUUAAUUACUUUCUCUUCAUUUGUAUUAUUUGACUGCCAAUACCGCAUCCAAUUCCACCGGCAUUGACUGUUAAUUGAAACAUGCACGUAACAAACAUGUCAGGAGAAUCACGUUCAGAAUUUCAACUAAAAUCUCCUCCAACCGACGCAAUUUCAUCGGUAAAAUUUUCACCUUUAACGUCUCAAUUCUUAUUAGUUUCAUCUUGGGAUAAUUCGGUGCGGUUAUACGAUGUUCAAAAUAACACAUUGAGAUCGAUGUACACUCACGAACGACCAGUAUUAGAUGUUUGUUUUCAAGAUGCUGUUCACUCGUUCAGUGGUGGAUUGGACAAUACUUUGAAAAUGUAUGACCUAAACACUAAUUCAGAAACUUUCAUCGGCUCUCAUGACAAUGCCAUCAGGACGAUUGAAUAUUCUGCCGAGACUAAUUCAAUUAUUACCGGCAGUUGGGAUUCAACUGUAAAAUUAUGGGACCCUAGAGCUGCAAGAUGUGUUGGUUCUUAUCCUCAGCCUGAUAAAGUAUUUACAAUGAGUCUAUGCGGCGAACGACUAGUUGUAGGAACUGCCGGCCGUAGAGUGUAUAUUUGGGAUCUAAGAAACAUGGGCUAUGUUCAAAAGCGUGAAUCUAGUUUGAAGUUUCAGACUCGUUGUAUUCGAUGUUUUCCUAAUAAACAAGGUUACGUACUUAGUAGUAUAGAAGGACGUGUAGCAGUCGAGUAUUUGGACACUGAUCCCGAAAUUCAAAAGAAAAAAUACGCUUUUAAAUGUCACCGUAUUAAGGAAAACAAUAUCGAAUAUAUUUAUCCUGUGAAUGCCGUUAGUUUUCAUCAAGCGUAUAAUACUUUCGCCACUGGUGGUUCUGACGGAUAUGUUAACAUUUGGGAUGGUUUUAAUAAAAAACGACUGUGUCAAUUUCACCGUUAUAGUAACUCGAUCGCAUCUUUAUGCUUUAGUAACGAUGGUGGUGUUUUAGCAAUAGCGUGCUCAUAUAUGUACGAAUUAGAAACCCAUCCUGAUCCAAUUCCGGAAGAUAGCAUUUAUAUUAGAUACGUGACUGACCAAGAAACAAAACCUAAAUAAAAUAAUUUGAUUUUUACAAGUUUGAUAACGCAUUUUUCGUAAUAAAUUUGCUGAAAAAAAAGGUAUGUAACUGUAAAUAUGAAUCGUGUUAUGUUUAUCUUGAAUACAUUAUUUAUUUUUUGUGAUGAA